AAGUAAUAUUUUUGCAGCGGUCUGCCGAGGACUAGCUAUCAUAAAUGUUGUGAGGUAUGUUAACGCUAAAAGCCACAUUACAGCAAUGGAUUUAGUGCACGACGCACACAUUGGCUAUGGUGAUUGCAAUGCUUUGAAUGCCGAUACACUGCAAAUCCGUGUUGCUGUCCAAGACAUGAGUUGGUUAUGGAUAGCCAGCUAGCUAGAUGCAGAUGCUGCAGCCUCAAAGCGAGUGAGCUUGCAUCUUUGAUACUGUUGUGAAAAUGUUCUUCCCUUAAUAUUCUUUAAGCAAUUUUUGUCAGUUAUUACCUAACUUACUUGAAUGUGAUACAUGGACUGACUGGCAUGAGCAAGAGUAAUAUACUGCGCCACUUUAAAUAGCCUUCUUAGUAACGUCGAUAGUCAUUUAAAACGUCUUUUAUUUUGUUUGUGUUUGAAGAAAUGGGUGUAAAAGGACUGCAAUAUUUUAUAGAGACAUGUUGUCCAGAAGCUUGUGUGAUGGUGGACCUCCGGGAGAUGGCAAGGCAGCAUGUCAACAACGGGCACCAAAAUGGUGGCAGCACCAUUCCUACUCUGGUAGUGGAUGGCAUGGCCUGUCUGAGACAGUGGUACAGCUGCCAAGCCUGGGUGUACGGUGGCCAGUGGAAAGAGUUCAUGCAUUGCCUGGAGGAGUUUGUGGCUGCAUUCUCGUCAGCAGGCAUACGACUUGUGUUCUUCUUUGACGGGGUAGUAGAAGAAGGCAAACGGGCCGAAUGGGUGAAACGGCGACUGAGGGUCAAUAAGGAUGUUGCCAGGGUAUUCCAAUAUUUAAAGAGCCACGCUCAACAGCCCAAUAGGGAGCUUUUCUGUCUCCCAUCAGGGUUGGCUACCUUUUCUCGCUUUGCUCUCAAAUCCCUGGGCCAGGAGACCUGGUGCUCUGUCCGCGAGGCCGAUUAUGAGAUUGCCAACUUUGCCGUCCGUCACAACUGUAUGGGCAUCCUGGGGCAAGACACAGAUUUUAUUAUCUUUGACUCCGUCCCUUAUCUGUCUGUGAGUCAGCUGAGGCUGGACACCAUGACCACGGUGCUGUUUUCCAGAGACAAGCUGUGCCACGCCCUGCGUCUGCAGAAGGCAGAGCUCCCCCUGCUUGCAUGUCUCCUAGGUAACGACGUGGUACCAGAGCAGCGGAUGCAGCGCCUGCGUAGGGAUGCCCUCGCAACAUAUCGGAGGAAACAUCCACAGUCUCCGCCUCAAGGGGAAAAGAUUUAUGCGGCAGCAGAUUUCAUUAGGAGCAACCAGUUGUCCAUAGUGGGAAACCAGGGCGUCAGCCCUGUGUCUUUUUCAGAUAGAGAGGCUCUGGAGAAAGCAAUACAGUACUAUCUACUUCCUGGUCAACAGCCACUAUGGGAAAUUCCUAACACCUCACCUCCCAGAUCUGUGUGUGUGAUGGAGGGCUACUUGAGUCCUGCAAUCCUCCAGGCAGCCAGAGAAAAACACAUGCGAUCUGAGUGUUUUAUGGAAUACAAUGUACUGUAUGAUGGUGUGGUGGAAUGCAGUAAUACACUUGAAGACAUGGAGGAUACUGAGCUCACCCCUCAGGCCAUUGUGUUUCAACCCAGUAGAGAACGCAUUUAUGGCAUUCUGUUACCCACACAUCCAGACAACGGUGAACAUGCGCCAAAUGUUAAGGAAUGGUUUGUCUUUCCUGGAAACCCGCUGAAGGAGCCCAGAGUUGUAUCUCCCAUGCCUCUGAACCACUCUGGUGUGAAACCAGAUUUGAAGGUUUUAUGGUUUGGGAAGGAUCCUGAAGCGACGUGCCUCCGCAUCGCUACCUUUUGGGCUGUAUUUGAGCUGGACGAGUUCUCAGUGGAGCAGGGUCGUAUGGAUGGCUCUCUGUUGGCUGUGCUGUGUCUUGUGACCUACAUGGCCAUACAGGUCAGGCACCUCUCGUUGGAAGACAUAGAUGCGUAUCUCAGCCAAGCUAUUUGUGUCAGGUACAAAUCACACGCAGAACUGCUUCACACAAGGGUCUCUCACGUGGAGCCCCGGGCGGUUCAGCUGGGAUCUCUUUUCGUCCGAGGGCUGACCCAUCUGUUGGGUGCCAACAGCACUUGUGGCUGUCCCUUCCCCAUGGAGCAGCUAAUGCCCUGGAACACCUUUGACGGGCUGCUCUUCCACUCAAAGUACCUGUUGGCUCACUCCGGGAGGUCACAGGAAACGCUGCUGGAGGGCAAUGAUUCCUGGGUGUCUCUAUUCCGUUCCCUCAGAGAGCUGGUCCUCGGAGCCUGCAGUAGGCGUGGCCGGAUGAUCCAGUCCAGACCACGAACAACGAAGCCCGGGGAGCAUGUGAAUGACGGAGAGCAGUGGAGGGGUAGAGGAGCCCCGUCAGGACGGCGUGAUCCCCCUCCUCAACACAACCAGGCCAGAGGCUCCAGACCGCAGGCUUGUGAGCAUGGCAGACAAAGAUCUAGGCAUCCAGACAGGCAGAGAUACCACCUGGCUCCUAGGUGGCAAAACCCCCAUCCGGAUUACCCCUGACCGUCAGUGUUGGACGAUAGAGAAGGGCCCCUGCUCCAGUGAAACCAAUCCACCAUCCUGCCUUGUCUCGACACUCCUUUAAAGGUGUCCUGUUGUUUCGACCGGCACAGCUCAGCUAACUCAGGAAUACGUGUCAGAUUAGACUGACUUUAGAACGCCUUUUCUUUUAAAUAUAUAUAUUUUCGAAAACCGCCCAAACCGGCGAUGUUGUUUCUUUAAGAAACAUAGCUCACCUCACAGUGAGACGUUGGUUGCGAAAGGACUGCAGUGACAGAAGAUGUGGGGAGCAAGCUGAGGGAAAAGGGGCUGCUGCUGACCGCGAUGCAUUGUAAAACUGAGGCGAGGGAGUGUAUGAGGUGAAAGACGACCUGUGGAAGCGAAAGAAUAAGUGUAAUUGGUCUUCGCACCUGAAAUCCCAAAUGAAGCAUUGUCAUAGUGAAAUAAAAGAAGAGAUGCCUGUCCUCCCUUUACUGGAACGUUUGCAAAGAGAUGGUGGAAACUGCAGGGGUGGUCAAGUUACUCUAAAUCUGAGCAAAACCUUAAAGACACCAUUAUAGGGUUAUAAGGCUUGAGUGUCACUUCCAAAACAUAUAUAGACAUGUAUACUUGAAUUUAUUAGCAGUUUUAUCAGUAGUUAUAUUUGCUUUACACAUUAAAAAUAGCAUUUCUGAAAUAAAAGGCCCUGAUAAAGGGCCCUUUCAAAUGCUGUGGAAAGCAACCGCCAAACUCCACUGAUUAUCGCAUAUAAUGCGUCUCAGCAGUGACCGGUGCUGGGCUUGCUGUGGGAGAAUCUCCCGGGCGACCCGUGUGGAGAGAGGGCUUGGGUCUUCUGGUGGCGGGUGAUGACAUGCACGUGGUGCCAAGCUGGGCCCCUCUGUCCUAACAAGGAGAACACCUGCUCCAAGUGCUAAUUCACCGCACUCUCUGGCCCUCUGCCCGACUCACAGAUUUAUAAAUAAUGAGCCGACGUUCACAAAGGUUCACAAAGGUCAAACCAGAAGAAAAAAAUAAUUAGGUACAUACUUAUCAUUGGAAUAGUUAAUAGUUAAGCUUUUUUUUUUUUUUUCACUGUGAUAAUUGUUUAUAACUAAUUGAAGAGGGUAUAUUGGGAAUAUGUUCCUGAGAUGUGUCUUUAAAUAUGAUGUAUGUUGAUGAUAUGGCUGGGUGACUAUACAAACAGCUUUUCUCUUCCUUACUGAGCUGCAUCCUCACAAGGCCAGUGAUGAAUAUUCAGACCUGGCUAGAAUUAGUCCUUGGUGAUCUCUUACCUGUCUAUUUGGUUUGGAAUCAUUCCAAUCAGACAUACAGUAGGUCAUGCAAUUGUCUGUGAGCUCAUUGUGACGUGUACAUUUUUUAUGACAGAUAAAGGAAGUGGUGUGUUUGUUGUCAA